GGUGUCGUUCGAGUAGGGGCCGGCUGGCCGGCAGCGAGGAGUUUUGAACGUCAGACAAACUAAAUUAACCCGUUUACAGCGCUUUGGCAGCUGGUGCCCGGGAUAUAGUACGACAGCCCGAGGGCGAGUAUGGCGACCAACAGCAUAUCCUACAACGACCAGGGCCUGGGAAGAGAAUCGACCGAGUUGGGCCAAGAAGCCACGGCGGUGACUUCAGGAGGAGGGGCAGGAGCUGGGUUUCGGCUCUUCAGCGUAGACUACAAGAAGAAUGAAGAUCUUCAUCAAAUGCUGGACAGCAACAAGGAUUCACUUAAAUUGGAGGCGAUGAAGAGGAUUGUUGGGAUGAUUGCUAAAGGAAAAAAUGCUUCAGAGUUAUUUCCUGCUGUUGUGAAGAAUGUCGCUAGUAAAAACAUUGAGUUGAAGAAGCUGGUGUAUGUUUACCUUGUACGCUAUGCAGAAGAGCAGCAAGAUUUGGCCUUAUUAUCAAUCAGCACCUUUCAGCGUGCGCUGAAGGAUCCCAAUCAGUUGAUUCGGGCAAGUGCUUUACGAGUUCUUUCUAGUAUUAGAGUGUCAAUUAUUGUGCCAAUAAUGAUGCUGUCUAUUAAGGAAGCUGUCAAUGACCUAUCUCCAUAUGUUCGGAAAACUGCUGCCCAUGCAAUUCAGAAGCUUUACAGUCUAGACGCAGAGCAAAAAGAACCAUUGAUAGAGAUCAUAGAAAAGCUAUUGAAGGAUAAAAGUACGCUAGUAGCUGGAAGUGUUGUCAUGUCAUUUGAAGAGGUUUGCCCAGAACGAAUUGACCUGAUUCACAAGAAUUACCGCAAGCUGUGUAAUCUGUUGGUAGAUGUGGAGGAGUGGGGACAAGUCGUUAUAAUCAACAUGCUCACUCGCUAUGCACGAACACAGUUUCUAAGUCCAUGGAAAGAGGAGGAGAUGUUGAAUGAAAACAAUGAGAAAGCAUUCUAUGAUUCUGAUGAGGACCAAAAUAAAAAUGGUGUUGCUGCUAAAAAACCAUAUAUAAUGGACCCAGAUCAUCGACUGCUGCUCCGGAACACCAGGCCAUUACUACAGAGUAGGAAUGCUGCUGUGGUAAUGGGUGUUGCUCAGCUCUAUUGGCACCUUGCACCAAAGUCAGAAGUUAACCUUGUUGCCAAGUCGUUGGUUCGAUUGCUUCGAAGCCACAGGGAAGUGCAAUACAUUGUGUUGCAGAACAUUGCAACAAUGACUAUACGAAAUAAGGGGAUGUUUGAGCCAUAUCUGAAAAGCUUUUACAUUCGAUCCACUGAUCCAACACAGAUAAAAAUUUUGAAGCUUGAAAUUCUAACAAACCUGACCAGCGAAACCAACAUCUCUAUAGUGCUACGAGAAUUUCAGACCUAUGUGAAAAGUCAGGACAAGCAAUUUGCUGCAGCCACAAUUCAGGCAAUUGGAAGAUGUGCCACCAAUAUUUCUGAAGUUACAGAUACGUGUCUUAAUGGGUUGGUGUAUCUGCUGUCUAACAGAGAUGAAAAUGUUGUCGCAGAAAGUGUAGUUGUCAUUAAGAAACUACUCCAGACACAACCAUCCCAGCACAGUGAAAUCAUCAAACAUAUGGCCAAGCUUUUGGGGAAUAUUACAGUACCCAUGGCUCGAGCAAGCAUCCUUUGGCUGAUAGGUGAAUACUGUGAGCGUGUCCCAAAGAUUGCACCAGAUGUUCUGAGGAAAGUGGCAAAGAGCUUUACAACUGAAGAGGAGAUAGUGAAACUACAAAUUCUUAAUCUGGGAGCUAAACUCUGUUUAACAAAUCCUAAACAGACAAAAUUGCUUAUGCAGUACAUAUUAAAUGUAGCCAAGUAUGAUCAGAACUAUGACAUUAGAGAUCGUACAAGAUUUAUCAAGCAGCUGAUUGUUCCAAAUGAGAAGAGCGGUGCUUUAAGCAAGUAUGCCAAGAAAAUAUUCCUUGUUCAAAAGCCAGCACCAGUCCUCGAAUCUCCAUUUAAAGAUAGGGAUCGUUUCCAACUGAGCACGUUAUCACAUACACUUAAUACUAAAGCAAAUGGGUAUCUCGAGCUUCCAGAGUGGCCGGAGAGUGCUCCUGACCCUUCAGUCCGAAAUGUGGAAGUCAUUCAACCAGUUAAGCUGGCUACACCAGUAGGUAAAUUAAAAGGCAAGAAAGAUAACUUGGAUGGAAAGUUUUACUCUGAUUCUGAGGAGCAGGAAGACUCCAGCCAAAGUAGUGAAUCUAGUAGUGAGAGUGAAAGUGACAGCAAGAAUGAAGACAGCAGUUCGAGUUCAAGUGAAGAGUCAAGUGAUAGUGACUCGGAAAAAGAGGAACAGAAUGAAGAAAGUGAAUACAGUAACUCUGAAAAUAACAAGACCAAAACUAAAUCCAAAAAGCUGAAUUCUGCAACUUCCUCUGAGUCAGAGGAUAGUUCUUCUGAAGACAAUUCUGAAUCUGAGAAUGACUCCGACCCAGAAAACACGGUGACACAAAAGAAAGAAGAGAAAAAAGCAGUAUCGGUGGUCAAGGCUGCCAAACAGGAAAUUUCACUGUUGGAUUUGGUUGACUUUUCUGAUGUGUCAACACCAGUCACCCUCCCGAAACCAGUAAUGGCUUCAAGAUUAGCAGCUGAUUUAGAAGGAUUAUCGCUUUCCAGUACUGCUGUUGUCAUUGAUGUGGCCACUCCAGUGUUUGUUCCUCCAAAAUCAUACAUGCUACUUCAUCGGAUGUCUGGAAAAGGCCUUGGAGCGGAGUAUCACUUUUCCCGUCGGCAGUGUAUUUACAACUCAAAAAUGGUUUCUGUUCAGAUCAUAUUAACCAAUAACUCCGAUAAAGAAAUCAAGAACAUUCGAAUAGGAGAACAGAAGCUUGCAACAGGGAUGCGUAUACAUGAUUUCUAUGAAAUAGAGUGUCUUGAGCCUGGAACAUCAAAGACUGCUUCAAUGGGUAUUGACUUCUGUGAUUCUACACAGGCUGCCAACUUUGUACUAUGCACGUGCAAUGAUCAAUUCAGUGUCACUGUCCAACCUCCAGUGGGAGAGCUGCUUCUGCCAGUCACCACAUCUGAAAAGGAUUUCAAGAAAGAACAAGGAAAACUGACAGGAAUGAAUGAAAAUUCUACAGCAAUCACUGGGUCUCCACAGAAUUCCUCCAGCCAGGCAAUUGUGCAUAAGGUGGUAAACAUGGCUAAUGUUGGGGUUGUGCCUUCUGGCCAAGAUAAUAUACACAGCUCAGAACAGGGCUCGCGCACAUUCUGACUUCUCUUGCACCCA